AAAGCGUAUGUUUUCCUCAGCUCCCAAAAAAGAAAAGAAAAUCCUUCUCCUCCCUCCCCGGCAGUCGUUCCGCACUGAGUGUGAAUGAAAAACCCGACAAAGGAGAAGCCGCAAGGCGAAAACGUGUUCUGGUCUGCAGAAAACGAUACGUGUUUAUUUUCGAAACCGUUCUUCGUUUUCUUUGCUUCUGUUCUUUUGUUUCUUUGUUGGUGCUGCACUUCCGCAUCUUCCCCUACACACUGCUCUUUCCAUCCCUUCUUGUCUCCUCGCCUUCCUUCCUUCUGCUCUUCCUCCCUUUUUCCGCCAUAUCCACUUUGGGAGCACUCUUCAUUUCAUACUACCUCACUCACACCGCAAUACCCAAUCCUUAGCUUAGUCGUGCAUGGUUACCUACCCUUCGCGCCUGUGCACACACACACACACACACAUACGCAUCCCACAUUCACACAUCCGCAUGGGUUCAGGCUGCUGUUCGCAUUCCUGCUGUCGGAAGUGCCAUCAUCACUAUACCUGUCUCCACCGCUUUACAGCACCCUUGGAUGGUUCUUUCAUAGUUGUGCCAUAGCUUGUAAUAGCUCUGGUUACCAGACCAGAUCCCUCUAUUUUUCUUAUCUUUUCUUUCCUUUCUCUCUCUUUCCACCUGCUCUGGGAGAUGGUUACCUCUGGUUCAGGUCAUUGAUGGGGAACCAGGGGCCAGAGGGGAACUCCUCAUGAUAUCCUUACGAUGCUGAAUUACAGCCACCGCCCGCCACGAUAUGGCUACUGGAUGAAAUGAAAGAAAAGAGUCAUGCACAGCAUACAAGAAAAAAAAAGACUCCGUUUCUAACAUCUCUUUAUAUCUUUCCUCUGCUAUCUAACUGUCAUCCGUACGCCCGCUGUUGUU